AUGGCUCCUUCAGAUUCUCAAAAACGGCUGGCUUUGGCCAUAAUAGACUUUCUUAACACCAGCGUCAAGGAUGGAACUCUUGCAGCCGAAGACGCAGAAUCCAUUGAGAUCGCAACGUCUUGUCUCGGAGACACCUUUCAAGUUGACCCCACCGAUGAGGCGGCCAUGAAGGAUGCUCUCAGUGGGCAGUCUCUGUUGAACAUCUACAGUGUUUACGAAAAGGUCAAGGGCAAGAAUACCUCUGCUGCCAGCGAAACAAAAAAGGAGCCUAGCAAGACUGCCCCUCAGGGUGGUGCCCCAACUCCGGAAUCCGACAAGCUGAAAUCAGAGGGAAACGCGGCCAUGGGUCGCAAGGACUAUCCCGCCGCCAUUGAUUGCUAUUCUCGUGCGCUGGAAAUUGCGCCUUCCAACCCUAUUUAUCUGUCGAACCGCGCUGCUGCAUAUUCCGCCUCUGGAGACCAUACAAAGGCUGCUGCAGACGCCGAGGUGGCCGUUGCAGCCGAUCCUAAAUAUGUCAAAGCUUGGAGCCGACUUGGAUUGGCGAGGUUUGCGCUAGGUGAUGCUAAGAGCGCUGCUGAAGCGUAUGAAAAGGGAAUCCAAGCUGAAGGCAAUGGUGGCAGUGAUGCAAUGAAGAGAGGUCUAGAAACGGCAAAGAAGCGGAUUGCAGAAAUGGAGAAGGUCGAGAAUGAACCCCCAGCUGAGGCCGUCGACGACGCCGCAGGUGCUUCUCGUGGAGCACCCGGUGGUAUGCCAGACCUGGCCUCUCUCGCGGGGAUGCUUGGGGGCGGUGGUGGAGGUGGUGGCAUGCCCGAUUUCAGCUCUCUCAUGAACAACCCCAUGUUCGCCAACAUGGCUCAAAACCUCAUGAGUAACCCAGACAUGAUGAGCAAUUUAAUGAACAACCCUGCUUUAAGGCAGAUGGCCGAUAACUUCGGCGGCGGUGGUGGCCGUGGUGGUGGUGGAGGAGGAGCCGGUGGUCUCCCAGACAUGUCGGCUUUGUUGAACGACCCGAACCUCGCUGAUAUGGCUAAGAACUUCAUGGGAGGCAGGGGUGCUGGCCGCGGUACUGGCCCAAGCCCUUGA